GUGCGCGGGGGCGCGAGUGCGUGUGGCGCGGGGCGGGGCGGGGCUGGUGCGCCUGAGGAGCGAUGGCGGCGGCCUGAACUCACCUAGCAGCACCGCGACGAUAGGGCCUGGCCGGGUCGGCGUUCUGUGAGCGGACGAUUUGCAAGUCUGGACUGGGCAGUGACUUCUGGGCUUACUACUGCCUGGUGUAACCUUUGGCUCCAUGGCCAGCCACUGGCUCCUACAGACCGGAUGAAGCAGCCUGGAGACACAAGUGAAGAAAGCCUCCAGGUGGCCCAUCCUCAGAGUGUAGCCCUCUGGCUGCUGGCCUCGCCCAGCUUGCCUCAUGGAGAGGAUGAACUGGCUGAGCAGACUGGCCUCCCGAGGCCCUGGGCACCGUGUACCUCAAGGGGCCAGUCUACAGACCCCUGUCAUGGCUGACCCUGAGACCUGCCUCAUGGUCUUCAAGAAUCAUUGGUCCCAGGUGGUGCGAAUCCUGGAGCGGCAAGGCCCUCGGGCAGCUCCUGGGGGUGCAGAUGAUCUCAGUGCUGUGCGCAACCACACUUACCAGAUGUUGACACUGCUAGCAGAAGAUCGUGCAGUCCCUUCAGCCCCCACUUGCCCUGGACCCCUGCUGGAGUUUGCCCUGCGUGAGGAUCUGCUGACCCGUGUGUUGGCAUGGCAGCUGCAAUGGGAUGAACUUGGGGAUGGGGUUGAGGAGCGACGGGCUGAACAACUGAAACUAUUUGAGAUGCUAGUGAGUGAAGCUCGCCAGCCAUUGUUACGGCAUGGUCCAGUUCGUGAGGCUCUGCUCACCCUGCUGGAUGCCUGUGGUCGCCCUGUGCCCAGUAGCCCAGCACUGGAUGAAGGCCUGGUGCUAUUUCUCAGCCAGCUGUGUGUGUGUGUGGCCCGGGAGCCUUCAUUACUCGAGUUCUUCCUGCAGCCACCUCCGGAACCUGGAGCUGCCCCCCGUCUUCUCCUGUUUUCUCGCCUUGUCCCUUUCGUCCAUCGAGAGGGUACUCUGGGCCAGCAAGCCCGUGAUGCCCUCCUUCUGCUCAUGGCUCUGUCAGCUGGGAGCCCCACCGUGGGCCGCUACAUCGCAGAUCACUCUUACUUCUGCCCGGUGCUGGCCACAGGGCUGAGUGCCCUAUACUCCUCACUGCCCCGAAAGAUUGAGGUGCCAGGGGAUGAUUGGCACUGCCUGCGACGAGAAGACUGGCUGGGAGUGCCAGCCCUUGCACUUUUCAUGAGUUCCCUAGAGUUCUGCAAUGCAGUCAUUCAGGUGGCUCACCCCCUGGUGCAGAAGCAGCUGGUUGAUUAUAUCCACAAUGGGUUCUUGGUGCCUGUCAUGGGACCUGCUCUGCACAAGACCUCUGUGGAGGAGAUGAUCGCCAGUACCGCGUAUCUGGAACUUUUCCUAAGGAGUAUCUCCGAGCCUGCCUUGCUCCGUACCUUCCUGCGAUUCCUGUUGUUACACCGGCAUGACACCCACACCAUCCUUGACACCCUCGUUGCCCGUAUUGGCAGCAACUCCCGGCUCUGCAUGGUCUCUCUGAGUCUCUUCAGGACCCUCCUGAACCUCAGCUGUGAGGAUGUCCUGCUGCAGCUGGUUCUCAGGUAUCUUGUCCCAUGUAACCACGUGAUGCUGAGUCAGAAGCCAGCUGUGCGUGAUGUGGACCUAUAUGGACGAGCAGCUGACAAGUUUCUCUCCCUAAUCCCACGCUGUUGUCGCCACCGUGCCCCUAGCCCACCUCGUCCAGAGCAUGCCUCAUGGGCACGAGGUGGGCCUAGCAGAGAGGCAGGGAGAAGGGAGGACAUCACGGGCCCUGGAAGCCCAAGUGUUGACUCCUCCUCUAUGGUGACCAUGCCCCGGCCCUCUACACCAUCUCGUUUGGCUCUCUUCCUGCGGCAGCAGAGCCUGGGUGGCUCUGAGUCCCCAGGCCCAGUGCCUCGCUCACCAGGGCUUGCUGCAUCCCCAGCUUCUAGCCCUGGCCGACGGCCUAGCCCUGUGGAGGAGCCUGGUGAGCUGGAAGACAAUUACCUGGAGUAUCUGCGUGAGGCACGCCGUGGUGUAGACCGCUGUGUCCGAGCCUGCCGUACCUGGUCUGCCCCUUAUGAUGGCGAGCGUCCCCCUCCUGAGCCCAGUCCUGUUGGCUCCCGGACUAAGAAACGCAGCCUACUGCCUGAGGAGGACAGGGAUAAAGUGGGGGAGGGGGAAGAGGAAGAGCCGGGGAGUAGGGGGCUAAUUGGGGGUACAGGGGAGGGUCCUGGCCACCUGCCCCCUCCGCAGCUCAAUGGGGUGCCAGGACCAUGGCCUGAGGGGCCCAAGAAGGUUCGUCUGGUACCACAUGCAAUGCCACAUGAGGGAGCUGGGGAACUGCCAGAGGGGACCUCAGAGGGCAUGACAGGACUAGAAAGCUUUGGGCAGGAGCUCCGUGAGCUGGAGGUGGCGUUGAGCAAUGGAGGAGCUGGCUCAGAGCCCCCCUUAGAACCUCCACUACCUCUUGAGGAGGAGGAGGCCUACGAGAGCUUCACUUGUCCCCCUGAACCCUCUGGCCCCUUCCUCAGCAGCCCUUUGCGGACUCUGAACCAACUGCCGAGCCAGCCCUUCACUGGCCCCUUCAUGGCUGUGCUCUUUGCCAAACUCGAGAACAUGCUGCAGAACUCCGUCUAUGUCAACUUCCUGCUGACGGGGCUGGUGGCCCAGCUGGCCUGUCACCCCCAGCCCCUGCUCCGCUCUUUCCUGCUCAACACCAACAUGGUCUUCCAGCCCAGUGUCAAGUCCUUGCUGCAGGUGCUGGGCUCUGUGAAGAAUAAGAUUGAGAGCUUUGCAGCCUCCCAGGAGGACUUCCCAGCACUGCUAUCCAAAGCCAAGAAGUACCUCAUUGCUCGUGGCAAGUUGGACUGGGCUGAGGGUCCUACAGCAGGACCUGCUCCCCGCCGCUCCGAUCCCCUAGUGAAGAGCCGGAGGCCAUCCUUGGGGGAGUUACUUCUGCGGCAUGCACACAGUCCAACCAGGGCCCGGCAGGCGGCACAGUUGGUCCUUCAGCCUGGGCGAGACGGAGCAGGACUUGGCCUAGGUGGGGGCUCCCCUGGGGCUUCAACUCCAGUUCUACCCGCCCGGGGAGGGACCCCUGAGCGUCAAGAGUCUGAGACUGAAAGUUACUGAAGGAAAACAUGACAACUGAGUUCUGGAUGGAGUUGAACAAUCAUGAAGAGAAGGAUAUGCACAUAUUCAAGACUUGGGACCCAGCAGAAUUAGUAUUUUGUCACAGUUUUCUACACAAUCAUUGCUUGGGAGGCUUUUAAACUUGGAACUUUAUGAAAAAGUUAUUAAUAACAGUGACUGCCCAUGCUUGAGUUAGCCAUAGAUUUCCUCCUCAUCCACUUAGAUUCAGUGUGAUGACACCUGAAAGUCAUGCAGAGCUUCUGGGCCUUUUUUACAGUUCUUUGUUAAUGAGGACCUAGUGAGACUGGAGAUGGCAUCAUUUGCUAUUUAAGAUCAGCAGCCACCUCUGGUAACUGAUUGAGCUAUCUGAGCCCAGUUAUCUGGGCUGGGUUGUUCCUGGCUUUAGGCCUUUAGUACUUGUGAUUAUGGCAGUUUUCCUGGACACCUGGGGUUUGCUUGUUGUAGCCUAUGGCUUUCUCUGACAUAACAGUAACUCCCUACCUGAUACACACAUUUUGAACUCCCUACUGGUGUGAAAGAUCUUUUGUUAUGUAAAGUCCCUUCCAUUGGGGAGUCUUAGCUGAAAAUGAAUACCUAUUAUACAACAACAUGACUCUCAUGUUUAAUAUCUUUAUGCUCUGGCAGCUAUAGCAGAAUGAAAUAUUCUUAUUUCAUCAUAGGACACUGACAUCAUGUGCUUCUUGUGAUGUUGACCUGAACAAAUGGGGUACUGAUGCAGAUGUUAUUUGGGGAUUGCACAUUUCUUGGCUGAGGUAGCAUGUAAAGGCAGAUUGGCAAGACACCACAGAGCUUCAGCUUUAGGCAAGCAAGUGGUGUGGUUCUAACAGUUUUCUGGGGUAUUAACAUUUCAUUCAGUUGGAUCCCUUGACCUAUGAAACUAUAGGCCCAAAGAAAGAAGUUUUAGCUGUUAAUUCUUGGAACUUUGAUGGGUAUAGGGGAAAGGGCAUAGUGAUUUCUCAUGAGACCAAGAGCAUUCUCUGAAUUGUGAAUGUCUUGAAAACCAGUGUUCCAGUGAAAUUGGCACCCUGGGCACAUUAUCCAGAUAUUUAGAGGGUCGGGGCCAAGCCUGUGUACUCCUUCUCUGACGACAGGCUGGAAACAGAGUUUGGCUCCAGGAUCUCUGACAAGUAUUCAAAGACUUGACUCCAGAGUCAGUGCCACCUUCUGUGGCAGUGCUAAGCCUCCAUGUUUGAGAUAGAGGAGAUUUUGUGUGAAAGCAUGGGCAGACUUAGGGUGAAAUUUUGGGAAUGGGUGUGGGUUGGUUGUUGUUUGUUAUGGUCUCAACUAGUUUCCUUACCUCUUUAUUUUCCUUACAUGAUAACAGUUAGUCCUCUCUCUCUGCCUCCUGCCUCCUUCCAAGCAGGACACAUGGCUAGGCCAAAGUGUGGAGAUGCCAGUGGUAUGCAUACAUAGCAAGAGCUUCAUAGCAGUUAUCUGGUAAGAGUCAUAUGCUGACAGUGGGACAGAGAUGACAUCAUCCUCACCUCCAGACCCCAGACUCUACUGCGAGUAUCGAACAACCUCCACCCUCAUGCUUUGUUCUUGUCCUGUUCAUCAGAAAUGGCUUUUUCUGAAUGUGAAGCUUUCCAGGAGCUGAUCUCUGAUCUGCUUAGUGCGGACACCAUAGAUGAGGGGGUUGAGGGCAGGUGGCAACAGCAAAUAGAUGAUGGAGAGAAGGAUGUGCACGGGCUUUGGGACAGUAUGACGACCAAAGCGGUGUGUGAGGUAGGAGAAGAGACCAGGCACAUAGAAGGCCAAAAUGACACAGAUGUGAGAACUACAUGUACCAAAGGCCUUAGUACGGGCUUCCCGAGUAGGCAGCUGUAAUACAGUGUGAGCAAUAAGCCCAUAGGACCCAGUGAUGCCCAGAAUGUCCACUCCUGACACGGCCAAUGAAAGUCCCAGCCCAUACAAGUUAUUGACCCGUGUGUUACCCACCACCAGCUCUACCACUGCCAUGUGUGCACAGUAGGCAUGGCAUAUGGUCUUUGCUCGGAAGUGCUCAAAUCGUGCCACCAGCAGAGGGAAAGGCACAACAAUAGCUACAGCUUUCAGUGCCAGUGCCAGGACUACAUAGCCUACACGAGCUUUGGUAACUAGGAUAGGGUAAUGCAGUGGACGCCCUAUUGCCACAGCACGAUCACAGGCCAUGGCCAGAAGCACACCAGAUUCCAUAGCAGUCAGUGCAUGUACAAAGAACAUCUGGGCCAGGCAAGCAGCAUAUGGCAUGAGUCGGGGCCCAAGCCAUAGCACAACCAGCAAUCCUGGAGUUACAGAUGUGGCUAAACCCAGGUCUGUGGCUGCCAGUGUGGCCAGGAGUAGAAACAUGGGCUGAUGUAGUGAGGAGUCUGUCCGCACCACUGCCAACAGUGCUCCAUUGCCCAGCAGGGCCAGCAGAUACAUGGGCCCGAAGACCAGUGUCAGCCAGGCUUGGAUACUCCCUAGCCCCGGAAUGCCAGUCAAUAUGAAGUCUGGGUGUAGGAAGGUGACAUUGGGCUGUGGACUUGCUGCCAUCUUGAAGCUAAAGGGCUCUUUGGGGGGCAUGAUUCCUGAGAGGAAGGACAAAGGAAAGGUUUGGGGGAGUCACAGUGGCACAAAUCCAUCCAUAGGGCAAGUGUAGGGGUAUUGCAAGACUGGAAAUAAUCACAGGAUUAUUAUAACCUGUGGCUUUGGGUUUUGGAUGGAUGAUAAAGGUACAACCUUAGGAUGGGAGAAUCCUUACUGCUAAAAGCACAGAAGUGUUGUAGGGGGACUAACAGGAGGAUAGUGGUGAUUAGAAGGAGGUUGUGAGCCAGAGAGUGACUGCUACAGUGGCUGGUACAGAUACUGCCUCCAUUUGGAGGUCAGCUGUGGGUGGUACUAAGAUGAACACUCUUCUCCCUCAGGAUCCAAGUACCGUCAGUCUCAGUCUCUGUAACGAUUGGCAGCAAGCCAGUGAUAGGAGGUGAUCAGGUCUCAGGUUAUCCUGUCCUUGACUAUGGAUCCCUGGACAGGACCUCAGCUUCAGCUCUAUAAUGGAGGUAGGAACACUGAUCUUAAGUGUUGCCCAGCUCUAACAUUUCUGGGCAUCAGCACUUUGAGAAGAAAGGAGGCAGAGUAGCAAGAAAGGAAGGGAGGCAGGCAGAUGGGAUUUGGAGUGAAGCCACGAGCCUGGUGCAACAGGUGCGUUUUUGGGGGUGUAAGUGCUUACAUUAUUCUGAACUUGAUGCCGAAGUAGUCAACUUGAGGCAGCUGGAAAGUUGAAGUUGGGGAUGAAGAGCAAUGGAGAGAUAUGGCAUUAAGAAAUGGAACUUCCAUUCUGUCUCCUUUCCUUCACAAUCCAGAAGGGAGUCCCUCUAGAAUCUCAUUUUUGGAGCACUAGGGAAAGUAGAGGUGAUAGAGAAGAAAUAAUUAAACCCAGCUGUAUCAGGAAGCAUCGAUAUAUUGUAUAUGCUGUAGCAGUCAUAUGAGAAAGAAGCGUCUCUGAUGUUGGAGGAUGCAGGGUGAGUAGACUGACCCCUCCUGGAAUCCUGCCCCCAGCAGAAGCUUAAUGAAUGUUGAAUGGAUACAGGGAUGAGGAAGAAAUCACCAGCGUAAAGCUUGACUCAGGAAAGAUCCUGAGCCUGUGUAGGAGCUUCUCUGCCUUGCCCGGUGCCCUGGGGCUCUUUAUGUGGCUGUUCUGCUUGUUUCCCUCAGGGCCCCUAAUCCCUCUCACCUGUACCAUAUUAACUCUUCCCUGCCUGCAUCUUUGCUCAGUGCUGAUGGACCUGAUAACUCAGGAAGAAAGGAGGCAGAGAGGAGGCAAGCAAGGAAUAAGGCUACAGAGGGGAAAACCCUGAGAAAGGAACACUUCCCCUGGGAAUCUCUGCUGAGUCCUUGGAGUUGGGGAGAGAGGCCUUGCUUUAUUUUAUAAUAGCAGCUACCCCACUUUAUCGUACUCUCUCCUUACUAGACUGAAAGAGUUGCAGGCAUUACUUCUUUUUUUUUUUUUUUUAAAGAUUUAUUUAUCUAUUUGAAAGAGUUACAGAGAGGCAGAGGGAGGGAGAGAGAGAGAGAGAGAGAGAGAGAGAGACUUCCAUCUGCUGGUUCACUCCCCAGAUGGCUGCGACGGCUGCAGCUGUGCUGAUCCGAAGCCAGGAGCUUCUUCUGGGUCUCUCACGUGGGUGCAGGGGCCCAAGGACUCAGGCCAUCUUCUACUGCUUUCCCAGGGCAUAGCAGAGAGCUGGAUCGGAAGCGGAGCAGCCAGGACUUGAACAUGUGCCCACAUGGGAUGCCGGCACUGUAGGUGGCAGCUUUACCCGCUGUGCCACUGCGCCAGCCCUGGCAUUGCUUUUUAUUAUUAUAUGGGAUUUUAUAUGGGAUCUCCAUAGCUUGCUACAAGGGCUACCAUGUAUUUGGCUAUCAAUAGUUAUUGCUUUUAAUUGUGGGACAGAACUGCCAGUCCAAGUAGUCUUUGCUGACUAAUGGGCUGCUGUUGUUUGAGGAGCUGUAGAUAUCUGAGAAGGAAAAGAAUUAUUUGCCAUCAACCAUGAAUCUACUGAAAAUUCUUUAUAAUAUAAAGAGACAUACCCUUAAAAUCACCACACUUUGCAAAAAUCACACAAUAAACCCCACAGGGCUCAUUGGGGCACAGCAUCCAAAACUUUUUUCAGUGACAGAUUUUUCAAAAAUUUAAAAACACAUAAACAUUGUACAUAUUUAUGAGGGUAGCAUGUGAUGUUCUGUGCAUGUAUGCAUUGUGUAAUGUUCAAAUCAGAGUAAACCUAUCUAACUCAAACAUUCAUAUUUUCUUUGUGGUGAAAGCAUUCAAAACCCUUCUAGUUUUCUUGCAAAAUCAGGAACAAGUUUUUUAAAAGAUAGGGACCUAAUAAAAAUAGAAGCACUUUUUAAUAAAUACUAUGACAAAUACAACACUUUAUCUCUUUUUAAAAUUUUCUUUUAAAGAUUUAUUUAUUUGAAAGAGUUUCAGAGAGAAAGACAUAGAUCUUCCAUGUGCUGGUUCACUCCCCAGAUGGCCCUAGAUGGCUGGCUACAAUGGCUAGGGCUAGACCAGGCUAAAGCCAGGAACCAGGAACUUACUCUGGGUCUCCCAAAUGGGUGGCAGGGGCGCAAAUACUUGGACCUCUGCUGCUUUUCCUGGGCCACUAGCAGGGAGCUGGAUCUUAAUUGGAGCAGCCAGGACUUGAAUUAAUGCUCAUAUGGAAUGCCAGUAUUUCAGGCUGGUCCCUAACACUACGUCUUGAGAAUGAUCUGAAAUUUCCCCUGUGAAAGUAAGUGUUGGGAGCAGCUUGUAGGUUAUUGUGAAGCAGUGGAGGAGGCUUAUCUGAAAUUUGGUGGGAAGUUGUGACUUCAGGUGUGGAUGAUUUAUAUAACACAAGUCAGGAAGCUGAUAGCUACUUGAGGUGUGUGCAUGUUGGGCUUUCCUAUUCAUCUUGGUUCAACUAGCAGUUUUCUGCAUUUCUUAACAAUAAAAAUAGAAACACAUAUAAGCAAACAUAAAGUUCACAUUAUGCCUAAUUCCCUAAUAUAUCAAUUGUGUUUCAGCAUACUUGCAUUUCAAAGGCAGCAUUAUAGCAGAACUGUUUUGACUCUUGUGCCUGGCCCUAUACCAUGUGGUAAGGACACAGUGGCAAUAACAAGACCGUGAUGCCCUCAGGGGAUUCACAGUCUAUUGGACACAGUGGUCUGAAUGGUUUUUGGAGGGUUAUUAUGGUGACUGCAUCAACUCAGGUUAGUAUAAGUUAAGAGUGCAGCACAGAUAAAAAACAAAACAAAAAGCCUUUAGCUGUUCGUGGGAAAUUCAGGGAAAUGUUUUAUGAAUCAUAGUAAUGAUCAAAAAAAAAGUUCUUUAGAAUUUCCCAUGUGUGUGCAUUGCUUUACUAAGCCCUAACCUAUAAGAAUCAUUUGAGAUGGACACAGUUCUAGCCCUCAUUUUACAAAGAAACUAAGGAAUUGGGAGGGUAAGUAACUUGCCAAAGGCCACAUAGAUAGUAAAUAGCAGGGUUAGGAUACUCAGUCUGGCUCUAGUGUACUGGCUGUUAAUCAUUUCAGCUAAGAUUUAGUUCAUGAGUAAGAGUUUUCUAGAACACGAGGCAAAAUGUACCCAGUUCCUGGGAGAAGGAGUUCAGGAGGCUUUGGAGAUUGGCAAGUGGUCCCAGAAUUACUGAGUGGGGAGAUGUAGAAGGAGCUGCAACUAUUUGGUAGUAGAUUGGUGAUCUCUCAUCCAUAGGGAUGAGAGGAGCAGUAGGAAGGUGGGAGUAGGGUAAGAACCAUGGAAGAGAGGGGCUGGUGCUGUGGUGUAGUGGAUAAAGCUGCUGCCUUCAAUGCCAGCAUCCCAUAUGGCAAUGGUUUGAGUCCCGGUGGCUCCACUUCCAAUCUAGCUCCUCGCUAUUGCGCCUGGGAAAGCAAUAGGAGAUGACCCAAGUGCUUGGGUCCCUGUACCCAUAUGGGAGAUCUGAAAGAGGCUCCGAGCUCCUGGCUUCAGAUCAGCCCAACUCUGGCCAUUGUGGCCAUUUAGGGAGUGAACUAACAGAUGGAAGAUUCUCUCUCUGCCUCUGUAACUCUGCCUUUCAAAUAAAUAAAUAAAUCUUAAAAACAAAACAAAACAAAACAAAAACCAAAGAACCAUGGAAGAAAAGGUGGGGACAAAAGGCGCUUGGCCUCAAGAGAACACUAAUGGAACUUUUGGCUAUCUUGGGCACUUGUUCUUUGUGCAAAGAUUGAUCAUGCAGUGAAUCACAGAUGCCUUAACCCAAGAAGUACAAAAUUGAAGUUAUUAUUAAAUUUUUAGUAAUCUGCUGUAUUCUACUCUUCUCACUCUUCAGUAACCAGAGAUGCAUUGGGAGAAUUUGUCUUUAAAAAAUUCCUUAGUUGGUUGUCCAGCCCCCAGUCUCGAUUUAUAGAAUCUAUCUGAACACAUGCUGGGGGUCACCUAACUGGUUGUUCCCUGUGGCUCUGACCAUUAGAAGAGGGGAUUUGACAAUACACUUGUGACCUUGUGGGACUAUAUGCCACAGCCUGCUCACCCCAGAAGAGGGUGCCACUUCUUUGCAGGGAGUGGUUAUGGGGUUGGAGGAGGAAGAAAAGCUCAUUGGAUAGCUCAGUUGCUUCUACACUUGCAUAGAAAAUAGGAGUGUUCUAUUUGGAGAUUAACCUCAAUGUUUUCACUUCUUUCGCUAAUGCCACCACCACUAACAUUCUGUAGAAUAGGAUUCUCAGAUAUCAGUUUGUGUACUGUGGGCUUGUUCAGUGGCUUUCCACUUGAUCCAGUUAUAUAUCAGAAAAGUGUGGGUUUUAAGGGUGCUGUUGAGCACUGAAUUCUCAUCUGGAAAUGUUCUAAGUUGAACCAUUGGCUGUUAAAUCUCAAUUCCCAGGUCAGUAUGAGACUCCUGUUUGGUACCAUGGUAGUCCUGGCCUUACCCUCCCCCAGUUUCAGGAGUAGCAGAGGGACUCUGCAAGAUUAGAUUCUACUUCUCAAUGGAGUUGUGGAAGGAGUCAUGAAGCCACCAGAUCCAUCUGUCUUAUUACUUCAUUUCUCCCUUCCGUCUCAGGUUCUCAAAUCCUUCUACGAGAAGAUCUAAAGUAUUUCAGCAAGUUCUGGGGCUAAUUCUUAGGCUAAUAGCUGUAUUUGCGUUAAAGUCAUGGCCUUGAGAGAGGAAACAUCUCUCCCUUUUCAUUAUGAGAGGAAAUAGGAGAUGUCAGGUUCUGGUGGUAAUAUGGAAUAUAUAUCAACUCAUUUUUAUAAACUCUCUUGUAAUAUUAUCUGCUCUCCCUAUCUAUCUGUCUCCUUCCUCCACAACAGGGUCAUUGUGUCUAGUUCCAGAAACUCAGGGAAUGAUGCCAUUUUUUGACCAUAUAGCAAUGACUACUAUGGUCCUACAAGCUGAGGUCAAAGUUGCCAUCCUUGUCUUCAACAUUGUACCUCUACAAUUUGAUUAGGAACCUGAAACUCCUGUAACUUAUCCAAUCAUUCUUUUCUUUCACUGAGAGUUGCUUUACUAACUCUGACCAGUGAUGACUGAGGAGACCAGCAUCAGGAUGAUCUUCAAAGGUUUUUCUUAUAGAAUACAGGUAGUUCCCAUAAGGGUUCUCCAUUAGCCCAUUUACAGGACUCCUGAGGUGACUGCCUUUGUUGGGCUUGGAUUGAAGCUGCCUCUCAAUAAAUUAAUUCCCUGAAGUUCUUCUCUGAGGUGUUAAUGCCUUUAUCUUUUUUCCGUGAUUACUUCCCUCCUCCUGAGCCACAUUCCAUGGGUUACUUUUUCAACCAAGAAAGUACAUAUGUCAUUCACAGGACUUAGCAAAUCUUAUUAACAAUUCACUAUAUGUCAAGCACAGGACUACAGUUGGUUAAACAGCUUCUUUUAUGGUUGGAUUUGUCAUGGACUGUACGUCUGCCUGCCUCCCAAAUUCGUACAUUGCAGCCCUGACCUCUACCAUGAUGAUAUUUGGAGAUGGGGCCUUUGGGAGGUUAUUAGAGUUAGAGGAGUCAUGAGUGAAUAGAAUUAGUGUCCUGUAAGGAUAAGAACUCGACCUCUUCCUUUCUCACUAGGCCUUGUGAGGACACAGUGAGAAGGCAGCUGAUUGUAAAUCAGUAAGAGAGCUCCUUUUGCCCCCACCCCCUGCCCUGGCCCCUGGAACCUAAUCAUUAGGCACCUUAAUCUUGGACUUUCCAGUCUUAAGAACUGAAAGAGAAAUGUCUGUUUAAGCUACCUGGCAUAUGUUAUUUUGUUAUGCCUGCCCAAUGGGGCUAAGAUAGCAUUCAUACAGCCUCUAGCAUGCCUUUCCUUAAGAGCUUGUGUGUUUAGCUCCUCUCUAUUUUCUAGUAGGUAGUAUGUCCUAUUUUAUGUCUCACAACUUUGUUCUGGAAUAUUGCAACACCUCAAAGCAGAUCCCUUUGUCUUUAAUAUGUUCUUCAUUUUUUUGUCAUACUUUAUUUGGGAGUGGCUAAUAGAUAUAAAGGUAUAAAGAAUAAGAACACGUACAAGUAUCAACACAAGAAUUGACUAUUAUUACCAUGUUGUCCUGGUUGCUUUUAGUUCUGUUUUUAAUAAAAGCAAUAAUAAUUACAGCUAAAACUAGUCUCUUUUAUCCUCUGUAGUCUAACAUCACCUAAGAGACAAUAAUUAUCAUGAAUUGAGAAUAUACCAUUCCUUUUUAAGAAGAUUUAUUUAUUUUUUGAAAGAGAUACAGAGAGAGAAGGGAAGAGAGCGUGCAUACUUCAAUCUGCUUCAGUCCACAAAUGGUCACAACAGCAGGGGCUGGGCCAGACUGAAGCCUGGAGCUUCUUCCGGAUUUCCCACGUGGGUGGCAGGGAUCCAAGCACUUGGGCCAUCUUCUGUUGCUUUCCCAGAUUCAUUAGCAGGAAGCCGGAUCAGAAGUGGAGUAGCCAGGACUUGAACUGGCACCCAUAUGGGGUGUUGGCAUUGCAGGCACAUACUUAACUUUCUCUGCCACAGCACUGGCCCCAGAGUAUAUGAUUCUAAUUCAGUGUUUAAUGCUUUGGUUAGUUGGUAUAUUUAAAUACUUACAUAAGUUAUUUCCUACUGUAUAUACAAAAUUAUGUUUUGAGUUCUGUUCAUACAGGUAAAUAUCAUCUCUUCAAAUUGUUACAUCAUUUUAUGGCAUAUGAUUAUGUCAAAUAUUAUUGACAGACUUAAAAUUAUUUCUGGUUAUCUUGGGUGUGUUGACACUUGUGAAUGUUUUUAUUCUUUGUAAUUUUACAUCUAUUAGCCAUUUCUCAAAUAAAAAUGUGAAAAAAAUAGAGUGAGUUUUGUGGCAUAGCAAGUUAAGCUGCUGUGUGGGACACCUUAAUCCUAUGUCUGAGUACCAGUUCAAGUACUAAAUCCUCCAAUUCUGAUCCAGCUUCCUGCUAAUGUGCCUGGGAAGCAGUAGAUGAUGACCCAAGAACCUGGUUUCCUGCCACUUACAUGGGAGACCUGGAUGGAGUUCCUACCUUCUAUCUUUGGCUUGGCCUAACCUUGUCUGUGUGGGUAUUUGGGGAGUGAAUCAGUAGAUGGAAGAUCUUCCUCUCUCUAUAAUUCUCCAUAUCUCUGUCACUUUGCCUUUCAAUUAAAUAAACUUUUUAAAAACCAUGGCAAAAAUAAAUACAAAGAACACAUUGGAUAUAAGAAGAUCAAUUUUGAAACUGCUACAAUAUUCCAGAAUAAAGUUGUAAAGCAUAAAAUAGGACGUACUGAGACAGAGUUGUUAGGUCUCUAUAUAUACAUGGUGAUGUGUGAAAGUUUUUCUAGGGAAUAUCUAGGAGUGGAAUUGUUGGGCAAUAAGGUAUGCACCUUUAUUUAGCAGAUUGUUGAUCAAUUGCUCUUAAAAAUAGAUAUUCCAAUUUGUAUUUCCACUAACAACUUUAUGAAAAAUACUCUUAUUGCAAUAUCUUUGACAACAUUUUAUCAGAUUCAUAUUUUUUGUGACUAUGUCAAUAAGAGAUCCCUUGUUUUAAUUUACAUUAUUCGUAUACUCAUAUUUAUUGGGCAUUUAGGAGUUCUCUUCUGUAUUUUUACUGACUCUUUCCAUUGCCCAUUUCUUUAAUUAGUUGUCUUUUUCCCCUGUGUAUUUAUUUGUAGAAAUUUUUUAUUUAUUCUAGAUACCAGUCUUUUUGUUAGAAAUGGUACAUUUCAGUCUGCUUUCUUUUUAAUUUCAUUUAUAGUGUCAUUUAUCUUAAAGAAAAUUUGAAUUUUAAUAAAAAGCAAAUCUUGGGCAUGUGCUUCUUGUAUGUUAUUUAUUAAGCCUUCUCCUACCCUGAGGUUGUAAAGAUAUUAAUAUGUUUCCCUUUAAUAAUGUAUAUACUUUGACAACACUUAGUAUCUGCCUCCAAGUCAGGCACUGAACUAAAUGCUCUACACAUUCCAUAUCUAUGUACUCUGUGUCUCUUUCAAUAUAAUAUCUCCGCGAAGUAGACAUUAUUAUUUCCACUUUACAGAGAAAAAUGACUGAGACAUUGAUAGCUUACUUCUGACUCAUAUAGUCUGAAUUUGAAUACAGGUUACUGUGAGUCCAAAAUGGGCUCUCUUAAUCACUAUAUAUUAUCAGGGAUAUGUUGGCUUUAUUAAGUGGAAUUAGGUUCAUUUUCAUAUUUUUCUGAUGAGAAAUCUUGUUUCUCCUGGGCCUGUUUCCUUCUUUAGACCAAUGCACAAUUCAGGAUUGAAGGAGCAGUCAUAUCAUUUUACCUUAAAUUUGUGGGCGAAUAAAAUGGCAUUUCUUCUGACAUCAGAAUUUACUUGAAUAUUCUUACUUCCACCCAAAACGUUAUUUUGUCUUCUCCCUUAUAGCUUCUGUCCAUUAUGUGUGUGGAACUUUCUGCCUUCCCUCUGUAGUUGCAGUUAUUGUGAAUUCUGUGUCAUACGAUUUCCCCACCAAAGGUUUACAAGUGUGACUUCCAGUUUCCCUGAAGACACUUUCAAUGUUCCCUAAUUCCCUGAUCAGAAAUUCUUCUUGUAUAGGAUUUAAGGUAGGGGGUCUUGUUUCAUACUUCUUAUGGGGAGAUCCCAAUUUUCCCAACACCAUUUAUUAAAAAGACUUGUUUGUCCAGGGAGUUAUUUUAGCUAUUUAUCAAAUAAUUUAUUUAGUUAUUUGUCAAAGAUUAGUUGUUGUAGAUAUGUUAAAUUAAAUUUUGGGGUCUCUAAUCUGUUCUACUGGUCCACAUAUCUAUUCUUGGGCCAGUAUCAGGCUAUUUGAUUAUAACUGCCACAUAAUAUGUACUGAAAUCUGAUAUUAUGAUGCCUCUGGCUUUGUUUUUGUUGUUGAAGAUUACUUUGACUAUUCAGCGACUCUUUUGCUUCCAUAUGAAUUUUAGUGUCAUUUUUUCUAGAUCUGAGAAGAAUUUCCCUGGUAUUCUAAUUGGGAUUACAUUGAAUCUGUAAAUUGCUUUGGGUAGUAUGAAUGUUAUGAUGGUAUUAAUUCUUCUAACCCAUGAACAUGGACAAUUUUCCCUUUUUUUGCAUCUUCUUCCAUUUCUUAUUUUAAUGUUCUAUAAUUUUCAUUGCAGAUAUCUUUUAUGUCCUUGGUUAAAUUUUUUCCAAGGCAUUUACAUUUUUUGUAGCUAUUAUGAAUGGGACUAAUCUUAGAAGUUGCUUCUUACUCAUGGCAUUGUUUGUAUGUACAAAUGCUAUUGAUUUUUAUAUUUUUGUUUUAUAUCCUGCAACUUUGUCAAAUUCUCUUAUGAGUUCCAGUUUUCUUUUGUUUUCCCUGUUUUAUAGGAUCAUAUCAUCUGCAAACAGGGACAAUUUGGCUGCCUCAUUUCCAUUGGUAUCCCCUUGAUUUCUUUUUCUUGCAAAUAUCAAAAUCUGAAACCAUCAUAUUAUUAGAGGAAAACAGGGGAAAUGCUGCAAAACAUUGGCCUAGGGAAAGAUUUCAUGGAUAAGACCCCAGAGACAUAGGCAAUAAAAGUAAAAAUAGUCAAAUGGGAUUAUAUCAAGAUAAGAAGCUUCUGCACAGCAAGGGAAACACUGAGCAAAGUAAAGAGGCAACAUACAGAAUGGUAGAAAACAUUUGCCAACCAUACAUCUGAUACAGAAUUGAUAUCCAGAAUAUAUAAAGAGUUUGAAAGCUCAACAACAUCAAAUCAAGCAAUCCAGUUAGGAAAUGGGUUAAGGAUGAAAUACAACAGAGACAUGCAAAGAUGCUCAGUAUCACUAGCUGUCAGGAAAAUGCAAAUAAAACCUACCAUUAAUUUAACCUCACCCCAGUUAGAAUGGCUAUCAUCUAAAAAUCAAAAAAUAACAACUAGUGAAGAUGACUGAAUAAGGCAUAGCCACACUAACUUAAGCUGCUGUGGGAUCCAAAAAGAACAAAGCGGGGCCAGCACUGUGCCUCACUUGGUUAAUACUCUGACUGCGGCACCAGCAUCCCAUAUGGGCACUGGGUUCUAGUCCCGGUUGCUCCUCUUCCAGUGCAGCUAUCUGCUGUGGCCCAGGAGGGCACUGGAGGAUGGCCCAAGUGCUUGGGCCUCUGCACCCGCAUGGGAGACCAGGAGAAAGCACUUGGCUCCUGGCUUUGGAUCGGCACAGCUCUGGCCACAGCAGCCAUUUGGGGAAUGAACCAGCAGAUGAAAGACUUUUCUCUCUGUCUCUCUCUCUCACUGUCUGUAACUCUACCUGCCAAAUAAUAAAAAAAAAAUCCCCCCCCUCCCAAAAGAAGAAAAAGAACAAAGGAAGGACCAUGUUUCCAGGGGUCUGACUGAUGGAAAUUAUCAGUGAAGAAGUGAAAACAAAGAAACAAAAAAGACCCCGUGGGACAAGGGGAGAGAAGAGACACCACUCAGCCAGCCAUGUGGUACAGCAAGCUGCAGGCUAUGAACUGUCAUCAUAAUACACCAAAGUAGGAAGAAAUUGCCAUGCACCUGGCUGCUGGCUGUUUUAGCUGACAGGAAAUUCCACAGUGACCCACCGACUUUUACUUCAACCUGGAGAACUGUCUGGGGUCUGAGCAACUGCUGGGCUUGGAACAGGGAACCUCACUUGCUUCCUUACCCUCCCCCAAUCCUGUGGAGCACCAUACAGCAGAAAGUCAUGCAUCAUACCUCUGUUAUCUUGUCACCAUUAUAGUCAGAGUCAGGGCAAUGUGUGGGACAAAGGACAGAUGCCCUGCGUCCUGCAACUGUGGGAGUUUUGGAACGUUAGUAGCAGAGCUAUGCCCACACUUUGUAGCAAGGGGGAUUCACUUUAGCUUCUGGAAGCUAACACUAGAAGCAGCCCAUUAAAUAAAUUCUAAAUUUCUCAGUGCCACUGGGAUCCACUCAAUGGAUAUAGGGAAGAACCUACCUGCAUUUCACCUCUCUGAACUCAUACCCUCCAGAGUAAUAUCUCUUGUAUACGAUGUAGUCACCCCAUAGGACUGGAACAGGUCCAUCCAGUUCAUAUCUCCUAGUCCCAGGACUAGAGCUAUUGGUAUUAUAAGCCAUAGCAGUUGGACUCUCCUAGCAGGACCUGAGGAAAGGCCCAUCCAUAUCACACAGUCCUAGAUCCACAGCAAUUGGUGCUCUAAGUCCUGGCAUCACUCAGCUUUCUAGUAGGACAAAGGGGGCAACCACCCCUGUCCCCCUUAACACCAAGAAUAAGGCCUUGGCUGUCACAUUAGCCAGGGAGACUUGCACUGAACUCUCUGUGACAGAAGAUACACACCCAAGCAAAUCCUUAUUCAUCUCAAAGCCACACUUCUAUCCCUUUGAACUGCAACAGACUAGUCCACUGUGUCACUUAUAGACACAGCUGGCAUGGAUUAAGACAAAUCACUCAGAGGCUCACCUAGAACCAAAGCCAAAGCAAGUGACACCCUGCAUUCUAGUUAAAACAUAAACUCUCAGUAAACUGUACCCCAUAUAGAAGAAGGGAUGAAUACAGCAGAUGGGCAGACAUUAAUGUAGAGACACAGGAGAUAAGAAGAGCAAGGGAGCAUGAUAGCUCCGGAAGAACACAGUACUCCAGAAUUAGAUCCCAAAUUGCAAGAAAUCUGUGAAAUGACGGAAAAUUAAAAAUAAUGAUUGUAAGGAAGCUCAAUUAGAGGCAAGAGAAUACAGAUAUAUUGAAGAAAUCAAUGAAUGACAUGAAUGACAAUAUUACUAAGGAGAUAGAACUAAUAAGAAGAAUCAAAUAGAAAUUUUGGGGAUGAAGUAUUCAAUCAGUGGAAAAAAUAUGAUUGAGGGCUUUAAUAGAAGAAUAGAACAAGUAGAGGAAAGAGUUUUUUUUUGACCCUGAGGACAAGAAUAUUGAAAUAGCACAGACAAAAUAAAGAGAAAGUAAUUAAAAAGAAUGAAAAAAGUCUAUGUGAAAAUUGGGAUACCAUUAAAAGAUACCUUUGAAAGAGACAGGGACAUCCAGAUAAUAAGAAGCUCAAAGAACCCCAAGCAGACUCAACUGAAAAAGGUCUUCUCUGAGGCCUAUCAUUGUCAAAUUGUCAAAAGUUAAAAGGCAAGGAGACACUCCUAAAGACAAUAAGAGAAAGUCACCAAGCUGUAUCUAAAGCAAAACCAAUUAGAAUAACAUCAGAUUUCUCAACAGAAAACAUAGAGGCCAGAAAAGAGAGGGAUGAUAUGUUCAAAGUCUUAAAAGGAAAAAACUUCCACUCAAGAAUAUUAUAUCCAGCAAAACUAUCCUUUAAAAGUGAAGGAGAAAUAAAGUACCUUCCAGAUAAGCAAAAACUGAGAGAAUUCACCACCACCAGACCAGCUUUACAAGAAAUUCUGAAGAGUGUGUUGCAUUAAAAGUAAACAUCAUGAAAACACAUGACACCACCAAAUUCACUAAUGGAGCAGGUAGAAUCAUUAUCCAGUCCACCAAAUGACAGGUCUUAGUCCUUAUCUAUCAAUACUAACCUCAAUGUAAAUCAAUUAAAUUCAUCAACCAAAAGACUUAUGUUGGCUGAAUGAACAAAAAACCAUGACCCCACCCACUAUAUGUUACCUUUAAGAAACUUGCUUCCCAAAGAUACAUACAGACUGAAGGUAAAGGGUUGGAAAAAGAUAUACCAGGCAAAUGUAAACCAAAAGAGAGCAGGCAUAGCUAUCUUUUAAAUAAAAAACUUUAAAAGACUUUAAAUAAAAAACUGUAAAAAGAGAUAAAGAAGGAUAUUAUAUUUUGAUAAAAGCUUCAGUUCAGCAAGAAGACAUAGUGAUCAUAAGUAAAUAUGUAUCCAACACAAGAACACCUAGAUAUGUAUAUAGAAAAUACUAAACCUAAAGGGAGAGAUACACUUCCACACUCCACUCAUCAAUGGACAAAUCAUCUAGACAAGAAAUCACUAAAGAUACAUCAGAGUUGAAAAAUACUAUCCAGCUAAUGGAACUAACAGACAUUUACAGGACAUUUCAUCCAAUAGCUACAGAAUACACAUUCUUUUUUUAAAAAAAUAUUUGUUUUAUUUAUUUGAAAGAGUUACAGAAAGACGUAGAGACAGAGUGAGAGAUCUUUCAUCCACUGGUUUACUCCCCAGAUGGACGCAAAGGCUGCAGCUGUGCCAAUCCGAAGCCAGGAGUCAGGAGCUUCUUCCAGGUCUCCAAGAUGGGUGCAGGGGUCCAAGGAGUUGGGCCAUCCUUUACUGCUAUCCCAGACCAUAGCAGAGAGCUGGAUCAGAAGAGAAGCAGCCGGGACUAGAACCAGCACCGCAUGGGAUGCCGGCACUUCAGGCCAGGGCUUUAACCCACAGCACCACAGUGCUGGCCCCCACAUUAUUUUCAUCACUGCAUGGAACACUUUCUAAGAUGGACUAUAUAUUAGGCCACAAAUCAAUUCUGAGGAAAUUUUUAAAAGAUUGAAAUCAUACCAUGUGUCUUCUCCGACCAUAAAGGAAUAAACCUAGAAAUCAAUAAGAAGAAUAGAACACUCAUAAAUACUUGGAAUUAACCAACAUGCUUCUGAAUCACCAAUUGGUUAUUGAAGAAAUGAAAAGGAGGGGCCAGCACCGUGGAUUACUUGGUUAAUCCUCCGCCCGUGGCGCCGGCAUCCCAUAUGAGCUCUGGGUUCUUGUCCCGGUUGCUCCUCUUCCAGUCCAGCUCUCUGCUGUGGCCUGGAAAGGCAGUGGAGGAUGGCCCAGGUGCUUGGGCCUUUGCACCCGCAUGGGAGACCAGGAGGAAGCACUUGGCUCCUGGCUUUGGAUCAGCGCAGCUCUGGCCAUAGUGGCCAUUUGGGGAGUGAAUCAACAGAAAAAGGAAGACCUUUCUCUCUGUCUCUCUCUCUCUCACUAACUCUGUCUGUGAAAAUAAUUAUAAUCAAAUAAAAGAAGAAAUGAAGAAGGAAAUAAAAAUAUUUCUUGAAAUAAGUGAAAUUGUCCCUGCUAAUGGAGCUGAGAAAGCAGCAGAAAAUGGCCCAAGUGCUUGGGCCCCUGCACCCAUGUUGGAGACCUGGAAGAAGCUCCUGGCUCCUGGCUUUGGCCUGGCUUAGCUCUGCCAGUUGUGGCCAUUUGGGUAGUCAACCAGUGGAUGGAAGA